AUGAAGAUCAUUGUGGGGCUCCUUCUGCUCUGUGCAGUGACCCAUUUCUGCAGCAGCUCAGAAGGACAUGUUCUUGUGUCUGACCAGGUGGACUGCAGCAGUUACAAGAAGUAUUCUGUGAUGGCCAUCCCCUGCCCCAUCACAUAUCUGCCAGUGUGUGGUACUGACUACAUCACCUAUGGGAAUACAUGCUUGUUGUGUACCAAAAUCUUGAAAAGUAAUGGAAAAGUUCAGUUGCUUCAUGAAGGACAAUGCUAA